AUGUCCGAACAAAGUAAGGACGUGUGUGACCCCAACUUUGCAGCCGAUGCCUCCCACUCCGAGGUGCACAGCAGCCCUGGGGUGGCCGGGGGGCCCUCUCCGCCUGCGUCCCAGGCCGCGACCCUCGCAGGGCCAGAGAUCCCUCCUGUAGGCCCACCCGACGCCCCUCUGGCCUCGCCGCCGCCCCAGGCCCUGAGCGAAGAGGGAGACCCAAAGGCUCUACAGCAGGCCGCGGAGGAAGGCCGCGCCCACCAGGCCCGGAGCACAGCCCAGCCCAGCCCAGCGCCGCCGGCCCCGGCCCAGCUGGUGCAGAAGGCACAUGAGCUCAUGUGGUACGUGCUGGUCAAGGACCAGAAAAGGAUGAUCAUCUGGUUCCCAGACAUGGUGAAAGAUGUCAUCGGCAGUUACAAGAAGUGGUGCAGAAGCAUCCUGAGGCGCACCAGCCUCAUCCUCGCCCGAGUGUUCGGGCUGCACCUGAGGCUGACCAGCCUGCACACCAUGGAGUUCUCGCUGGUCAAAGCUCUGGCGCCUGAGGAGCUGGACAGGGUUGCUCUGAGCAACCGCAUGCCUAUGACAGGCCUCCUGCUGAUGAUCCUGAGCCUCAUCUACGUAAAGGGUCGCGGUGCCCGUGAGAGUGCUGUGUGGAACGUGCUGCGCAUCCUGGGGCUGAGGCCCUGGAAGAAGCACUCCACCUUUGGAGAUGUGAGAAAGCUUAUCACUGAGGAGUUCGUACAGCAGAACUACCUGAAGUACCAGCGCGUCCCCCACGUCGAGCCCCCUGAGUAUGAGUUCUUCUGGGGCUCCCGUGCCAGCCGUGAAAUCACCAAGAUGCAAAUCAUGGAGUUCCUGGCCAGGGUCUUUAAGAAAGACCCCCAGGCCUGGCCUUCCCGCUACAGGGAAGCUCUGGAAGAGGCCAGAGCCCUGCGGGAGGCCAACCCCACUGCCCACUGCCCCCGCAACAGUGUCUCCGAGGACUAG